AUGCUUAUUCCUCUUGGGUCAAGCACAAGUUUUCGACUUCUUUUAAAACAAUUUGAGGACAUUAAAAGCGAGAAAAUUAAAAUGAUAUUCGCAAGAGUCCUAUGUGUUGUGUUGCUUUUGUACUCGGCAAGUUUCGGCGACAGUCUAAGCCUGAAAAACGAUACCCAUUUGGAAGAAAGGACGGUUAUAAACUUGCCACUGCCGCCUCAUUUUGAACAAAAUGCAAACGAUCUUGUGCUGCGGACUAAAAAAAUGAUUGUUAAACGUAAGUUGUACUAAGAUGUAUUUACUUUGUAUUUUAUUGUAUUUAAAGUUACUCAAAAAAAUAAUGACCAAGCGUAACUGAUGCAGAAUGCGAAACGUAAGUGCUACUAUAAGGUAUAUUUAAUGUGCAUUUUACUUUACUUCAUCUGGAGACUAGGAUGUUUUUAAUUAGGAAUCACUAUAAUGCUAAUGUCGUAUUAGAGUAUAUAUAAUAUAGUUGGCUGGGAUAGCUGUGUUACCAGUUCAGUGUGUUUCGUAUCCAUGACUUACGAUGAUACCUAUCCUAUCCUAAGUUGAGUUUGUACCUCACCAGAGAAGAGUUUUUAAGGCUAGUAUAUUUCGUGGGCAAAAUGUGAAUAAAAACUAAUGUAAGCAGGUUGCUUAGGCAAAAGUUGUGUAGUUUUAGAAAACUACAUUCUGGCCAUACAUCCUGUAGACACCAUGCACUAUAGAUGACGCUAACAACUACAUUGACAUUGACAUUUAAAUAUUUGGCAACCAGUUACAAAAUUACAAAUUUACACGUAUUCCUUUCUUCACUCCUUCAGCUAUGAAAUUGAUGUGACAUUUUAAAUGAACUAAUGAUUUCCGACAAGGUUUGCAGUAUGUCGGAAGCAAACAGCUUUUAGGCGUGGUAUGGCAGUGAGCUAUAGGCCUAUAUAUAAAUGAGAAUAUAAGAUUAGAAGACAAACUUGAAUUACUUCAUAUGAACUUUAUUUCACUACAAAUUUGUUGCGUAUGACAAGACGAGUCUUGCCACACUCAUCAGGUGAAUUUAAAGUGCCCCUGUCACAAAAUGAGAGUUUACAUCAUUAGAAUCGUCGUGAACCGUAGAUUAUGAAAAUACAAAACAGAUUUAAAAUUGAACUUGUUUUCACCCAUAAUAAGGCAAUGAAAUUUGAAAAUUUCAAAUUUUAACGGCAAAAGUUUUUGAAAACCGCGAAGCUGGGAAAUUGGUAACUAAUACGUCAUAGUAGGAAGACAUUGCCUUCUCGCCCAAGAUACAAAUGUCUUCGUCGAGCUCAGAUACGGAAAAUAACAGUUACCAAAGCGAUGCCUGACUGAAAUUAUAUUCUAUAUAUAAAUAUAACUAUAUAAUAGUUUUGUUUGUGGAAACACCACGUAAAUUUAUUACUGCAAAGCUUUCGAUCCGUAAGCCUGGAUCUUCAUCAGUGCUAAUAAUAUGCGAUGAAGAUCUGGGCUUACGGAUCGAAAGCUUUGCAGUAUACGUAAUAAAUUUACGUGGUGUUUCCAUGCACAAACAAAACUAUUAUAUAUUUUAUCGCCAUGCAAUCAUAUACAAAGAACUUAUAUACAAAUAUAACUAGUUCUUUAACCAACCUACAGCAGUGAUUACAAAGCAUGUGUUGAAAAUUAUUCUAAUGUAUAUAUUAAUUCCUUCUCUGAUACCAGUUUCACUAUUUUAUACACAUAUCUAGCCCAUGCUGAAGAUUGCAGAGGUUUUUUAUUAUACACGUUACGAGAGGUUUGGGGUGUAAAGCCUUAUAAUGUUCUCGAUGUUGCUAAUACUAAUAGUUUGGUAAGCAAUGCCAAGGGGUUGUACUUCUUUUUCUGGUCGGUCUACAAAGACGUGGGCCACGCGGACGAUAUUAAAAAACAAAGUGAAAUCUACCCGUUGUAUGUGGGUAUAACCGGACGAACGUUUCGAGAGCGCUUCAAAGAGCACAUCAAUUACGACAACGGAGUAGUGAAUAAGAUUUCUACAUCUAAAGAAUGGCCGACAGAGGGAAUGAAAAACUUACCACUGAUCGUUGCCUACGUCCUCGACAUCCAGCUACCUGUGGCUAAGUUUUACGAGUCGGUGUUCUUGAACUCGUUUAAUUUUGCCAUGAAUAGGGCGGAAAACGAGGGAAGACGUCCAGGAAUCGAGGUCACGACGCCGCAGUCAGUUGACAAAGGGUAUGAACACUUUAUAAAAGGAUACGAGAUUACCAUGUCGUAUUUCAACGGUCUCCAUGAUAAAGUAUCAAAAAUGAAUAACGAGGAUAAAGGGAAAAUAAACUAUGAGUUUAAAUAUUGA